AUGGCCUCAUCAGAUAGGGAAGGCUGUACCCUCUGCACUAAUGAUGGAACCUUUACAGAAGCUGUCACAUGGUGUAUAGAAUGUGAGGUGUUCCUUUGUUUAUAUUGUGAAAAACCUCACAAGGAGUCAAGAAUAUCUAAAGCUCACAAAACAAUGUCUAAAAAAGACUACCACAAUUUACCAAAAUUUAUGAAAGAAGUAAGUAGCCAGUGCAAAGAUCACAAGAAGAAGUAUGAACUGUAUUGUUCGUUUCACGCCUGUCCCUGUUGUGUCACGUGCAUCACCGAUAAGCACAAAAAUUGCCAAGAUAUGAAACCGCUGUCAGAUAUCCUAAAACAAGUAAAAUCGUCUGCCUCUGUACCACUUUUUGAAAAAGAUUUGAAUAAUGUUAAGGAAAACUUUCAAGAGAUUAUAAAAUAUUUAAAAAGUAGGCUUAAAACAUGUAAAGGUCAGAAAACAAAAGCUGCUGAACAAAUUCGAUCUAUGAGGCAGUCGGUAGAUGAAUUCUUAAACAAACUAGAAGAAGAAAUUCUUGAUGACCUCGAAACAAAGCGAUCCGAACUGAAAUCAAAAAUGAAAACUAUACUACACCAACUAAAAGCAGAGGCCAAUCGGAUAAGCCAAAUGCAAAAUGAGUUUUCAGAUAUGACACAAUAUGCAACUGAGCUACAAAUGUAUGUUGGUCUAAGAGAAAUUGAGAAAACUACAUCUGAAGCAGCAAAAUACAUAAAAGAUUUGAAAAGUGGAGACCAAUUGGAUGAAGUUGACCUAGAACUUACCAUUUCAUCUGAACUUAACUCAAUCUUAGAAGAUGUCAAAUCAUUCGGAGAUAUCAAUAUAAAUACCAGCCCAUCUACCCUUCAAGUUAAAGCGGGAAGAAACGAUCAAGCGCAGUACGUAGUUCCAACUAUAGCAACAAUGCAACAAAUUAAGCCGUCCUUGUUAAGACAGUUAACAAUUCCACAAGAUAUGAAGUCUAUGAAGUCAUUGAAAAUAUAUGCCUGUAGAAUAUUACCUGAUGGUAAAUAUUUAAUUCUUGAUAGCCACAAGGCUGAAAGUAACCUGCUGCUGUUCAGUAAUGCUGGAAUAUUCAUGAGACAAGUAGUGAAAUUUAGAGGACGCUCAUACGAUUCUUGCUUCGUUAGAAAUAAUACAGUUGCUGUCGCAUUAGGAAUACAAAAUCAAACAGUAUUGGUGGAUGUCAAGAAAAAUAACAUUUUCAAAUCAAUUAAACUUUCUCAAAACUGUAAUUCAGUAGCAAGUAAUGGUCAAGUUUUAGUCGUUAGCAAUAAUGAUACAAGUACAAUAGUGAAUCUGAAUGAUAUGUCUCAUAGAAUCUUAGGAGGAGUUGUUGGAGAAUGCGUUGCAUUAUUUAAAGGAAAUAUAUAUGCUAGUAUCUAUGACGAUAACAAAGUAUGUUGCUAUACACAUACUGGAGAAGCACUCUGGACAUUUAUGCACGAUGAUAUAAUGAGUCCACAAGGACUAACAUUAGACAAGAAUGGCUUUGUUUAUGUAGUUUCGUCCAACAAGAGAGUAGUAGUAGUAUCACCAGAUGCUAAAACAUGUAAGACUAUACUAUCAGAGGCUGACGGAAUCAGAAAUCCUUGGGCACUAGACAUCAACAGAGAAACACGAAUUAUGAUAGUAUCUACUCAAAUAAGCCAUGAUGAUGACGAUGAUAGUGAUGAUAGUGACGAUAGUGAUAUUAGUGAUGAUAGUAAAACAAAAUCUUAUCAAACAGCUUUUGUUUAUAAAAUCUAA